AUGCAUCAACAAAGAACACGAGUGAUUGAUAAAAAUAAGGGACAUACAGUAGUCAAAUGUAUUGAAAACCGAAGGUAUGUUCAGGUAUGGAUUCAUCAAGUACUUUAUCAUCGUGGUCUUUAUCCAAAAGAUGUGUUUGAACUACGGAAACAAUACAAUGUACCAGUUCACAUGUCGAUUCAUCCUGAAGUAUGUCAAUAUAUUAAACAUUUUGUAGAUACGUUACAACCCGUCUUAGAAAAGAAUCAAUGUCAAUUGGUUUCUUUGGUGAUAUUAUCUAAUACAACACAACAACCUUUAGAACGAUAUGUCUUGGCCUUUGACCAUCAACAACAACAACAACAACAACAACAACAACAAGAAGAAGGGGAUCUUUAUCAUGAUUUUCGUGCAUGUCUUUUGAAACUCAAUGCAUUACCUUGUUUUUUAUCUCCACCAGUCUUGGAUUGUACAUUUACUUUGGGGGUAGAAUUGAAUGAUAGUGAUGAUCUUCCUUUUUUACAUAAUACUGAACAAGUAUGGAUACCUGGAAAUGUUGAUCAAACUACUAAUGCUACUACUUGGACUCAAUUUGUGCCGAUUAAAACUAUGCAUAUCUCACCAUUCAAGAUCAAUAUGUAUGUUAUGGAGGCCAAAGGAAAAGGAAAACAAAUUGAAAGACACUAA